UAACAGAGCGACAGAGAACAUUUGUCGUCUUCAUUUGUCAUGGUAUCCAACAAUGGCCUUAGCUUGCAGUAUUAAAUUUAACGCAAGUCCUUACGCUGUUUAUCUGCCUGGACAAACUGUGGCCGGACAUAUCGAACUGCAUUUGUCACAAGCGACCAUUUUCAAAGGUAAAGGAAUGUGCAUCAAUACAGCCGAAAUACACCAAGCCAUAAACGUCAUAUCAGACAUUAAGCUACACAUCAAAGGAAUAGCUGAAGUAAGCUGGUAUGAAAGCAUUUUUGUUGAUGGCAAUCCAGUAUUGAUUCCUUACCAUGGUCGCCAUCAGUAUAUGCACCACACGAAGAGUGUAGUAGCAGUUCCAGAUGCCAGUACGGUCGAAUUUCCCGCCGGACUUCACCGUUACGAGUUCUCCUACGCUCUACCGUCAAACCUGCCAACUUCCUUGGAAACUGAGCAGGGUUACGUGCGCUAUACCGCCAAAGUAGUUCUCGAACGGCCCCAAGGCCAGAAUCGUUCCUUCAAAGUGGGAUUUACAGUGCUGCGACACGUUAAUCUAAACCACGAACGUGACAUGAGUAUUCCAGCUAAAACGGAAAAAAACAAAACCUACUGCUGUGGACCAUGCCGUUCCGAUCCACUGAACAUAUCUGCGCAGCUGCCUAUUUCCGGGUAUGUACCAGGCCAGACUAUAGCAGUUAAGAUUAACAUCGAAAACCAAACCAAGAAGGGUAUCAAAAAAAUCUCCACUAAAUUAGUCCAAGUGAUUUCCUACAUCAGUCAGACUCCUUACUGCGAAGUUAGUGACAAAACCACGAUAGUUGCCGAAGUGCGUUGCCAAGGUAGUGAAGCUCGGGCCAACAUUAGUGAAGAACAAUACCUACUAAUACCGAUUGUUCCGCCGAGCAGCAAAUCAUGCCCGGUACUAACCGUUAACUACUUCGUUGAGGUUGAGGUCAAAGUGAGCGGUCCCAACAUCAACCCUAGAGUACGAAUACCGAUAACCCUUGGGACAGUCCCACUUUGUGCCAGUGCUAUUCCAGCAUUCGACGAAGCAGCAACGGUAAUUAUGCAUGAACCGAGGGCCACUACGUCAUCACUGGAAGCUUAUUAUGAAUUACCGCCUCCCUCAUACGAGGAAGCUAUCGAUGCCAUGCGAAUCAACAUUCUUGAUGACGGAGAAGCUAGCGAAACGACCUCGGAUGACUACCGACCCCGCUACGUAGUUUAUCGCUUCGGAAGUACACACAAAUGCGAUUAAAUGAUUAAACUGCCUCAUUUUGAAAUUAUCUUAUCUGUGAUAACCAACGUCCAUCGGUAUGGGAAAAAAAAAUGAAACUACUCCCGCAAGAAUCGUUUUGUACUGUUGCACCAAAAUAUAUAUCAUAUUAUACCGAAGCACAACAG